UUAGCAAGUGGUUACGAUGCAAGACUAGUUACUCAUAUUAAUGCAUACGGUUCUUUGGAGUGUGGUUAUCAUUAAACAUGUAGUUAAAUAUAAACAUUACUGAAAGCGAACUUAGUCUUCAGAAACUGACUGAGGUCAAUAGUGGACUGUUGAGAACAAUGGCAGCCACUCCACCUCCCAACUUUUCUUGGGUUGACCCUCAUAAAUUAGCUGGACUGGGGAUGCCAAGAAUGACAGCCCAUUAUCAAUUUCUACUAAAUAAUGGAAUCAAACACUUAAUCACUUUGUCUGAAAGAAAGCCUCCUUACCAUGACACUUGUCCAGGGUUGACUUUGCAUCACAUUAGAAUACAUGACUUUUGCGCUCCAACUUUUGAUCAAAUCAAGCGCUUCUUGUCCAUAGUGGAGGAGGCCAAUUCAAAAGGAGAGGGGGUCGCAGUGCACUGUUUGCAUGGCUUCGGAAGAACUGGAACUAUGCUGGCCUGCUACUUGGUGAAGAGCAGAAAAAUCAGUGGGAUUGAUGCCAUUAAUGAAAUUAGAAAGAUACGCCGUGGUUCUAUUGAAACUCAAGAACAGGAGCAAAUGAUAGUGCAGUUCUAUCAGCAAAAUAAAUGCUGAUGUAUAUUAAUUGUUCUGGAAUCGUGCUGUUUAUACAGUUGUCUUUUAUCUUUACAGUGACUGAGUCAACAAACUAUAUAAAAGUGCUAUGUGAAAUAGUUUAGUUUUGUGUAUGUUUCAGACAGAGCUUUUAAAGUUCUUUUAAAGGACUUGCUGAAACUAAUGAGAUAUCCCAAAGUCACUAUUACAAUUUAUGGACACCUGCAGUAUGCGCAAUCCUGUACUUUCACAUUUGUAAUGUUAAUAAUCAGUGUUACAGCAUUAUUAAAAUUAAAAUUCAAAAUAUGGUGUAUCGAUGGUUGAAAAGACACAAAUCAGCUCUUUGAUCCCAUUGACAAUAUGACUAUAACUUCAAAUCUACAGAUUUUACACAAGUUCUGAUAUCUGACAAGUUCUGUUACUCACACGUUAGACUUAUUCUUUAUAAAAAUGCAAUUAUAAACAGGGUUCGUACAAGGUGCUUGAAGUGCUUGAAUUUGGCUUUUUUGAAAUUUAAGUACCGGAAAACCUUGAAACUAGCCAUUUUUUAUCCAGUGGUGCUUUAAAGGUGCUUGAAUUAUAAAAAGUCAUUCAAUACGAAAUCGCUACAAACUUUAAAGUGUUUAUUUUUGAUAGAACAUGAAUACACUCCUUUCACUCAAUAUAUGCCACCCGGCUGCAGCCCCUCUCACUGUGACAGAGACAGCUCUGGUCCACUUUUCAGACCCCUUUAGUGACUUUGGGCAAACCUUAGCUACUUUCCAUAGAAGAAAGUCGCCAGUAAUUGAAUGUAGUGAUGGGAAGUUCGGAUAAUUUUACUGACUCAGAUCUUUGAAUCUCAUUCAGCAAAAUGAAUUAAUCUUUUUUCCGAGUCAUUUUGUUUUUUCCGUUCAUUUCAGCAGAAUAUAAUUAAAAUUUUACAUGUUAAGUUCCCCAACACAUCUAGUACUUAAUAAACUAUAACAUAAACUAUAGGCUAAUGCAGCCAAGGCCGAAUUAUGAGAAACAGAAAUUAUUUAUUAACAGCUUAGCAUUAGGUCUAUUUAUAGUCAUAUUAUACUUCCAAUCGGAAGUAUCAAUUAUUCAAGUUUGACACACUUGUCCUUAUUAUCCAUGAUGGAGUGGGAGAUGGUGACUGAUUCCAAUAAUGAGAAAACCAAUUACCUGUGGCCAUAUUUGCCAAAGUUCAUGUGGAAUCAAAUAAUAAAUCUUACAUCUUUAUAUGUAAUCUAAAAUACUUUGUCCAAUACUUCGAUUAUAAUAUGAUGUCCAAGAGUUCAAGCUCAAAUUUAAGGACACAUAUAGAGCUAGUAUAGAUGUGUAAUUGGUGAAAAAAUAACUGAAUAAACAUUGAUGUAUGCUACAUGGUAAACAUAUACUUAUUAUAAUAUCAUAACAAUUUCUGACUAGGUCAUACAUCAGUAUUUGGUUGUGGCACUGAAUCAUGACAUUGUGCUGCUUGUUUUUGUUUUCAGUGUGAUUGUCAGUGGUGAAAAAAUGUGAUCAUCUGCUACAGAGGGUGUGCCAUGCACCAAGUUGGAGUUGAGCAAUUCCUGGUCUUGGUCUUGGUCUUUCAUUGAAAAAAACCAGGGGAUAUUUUGCAGACCUACAAAGUUUGAAGGUGGACUUGCAUAAUUUGGGAUUGCAUGCAUUGAUCAGGAUUAUAAUAAAGUUUCAAAUUAAUUUGGAGCAUAUUUGCUGUGACCAAAAACUACUUUAUACUUUAUUUGAAAUUCUUGAAUAUAACAAUCCUUUCACUUGAUAAAGAUUUUUCAAGACUUUUGCUAAUUUCUACAAGUUUUGAUAAUUUAUUCCUAUCAAUAGCUCUUACAUCAGAUUCCUACCAUUUGCUUACCCCUGUGCUAUAUUUGUAGCACAGUUCAUGCUAAGUACACAUGCUUGUAAAUAGAUAACUUGGUAUAGUGUCAGACCUUGAAAAUACGUUAUGAAACUGCUACAGUGAAAAAUCAGAGGAAGUAAAUUGUAGAUGACCUUUCCAGCAGAGGUUUAUUUGCAGUCAACUAAUAUACAGUAACUAUGACUAACUUGGCCUGUAUCAAGAAAUGAAAAGUCAAAACACUUUUAGUUGUAGUCACUUGGACAACAUGUUUAUUUGUUAAAUUAUGACAGCUUCUUUAGUGAGUAAUAAAAUAUGAAGGUUUUUUAGUCAAGAAGUUUAAUCAACGGUCUCCAUUUCUUUGUCUCUAAUCUCUUGAUUUUUAUCAGACAGUGUUUCUGU